AUGCUUAGUGAAAGAGAUGACGACGAUAAUUAUGAUGAGAGUUGUGAUUAUGUAUCAUAUUUCGCAAGAAAGAGAGCCCCAAGAAAGAAAUUAACUCCUUUCGUUUCUUUUCUUAAAGUAGUAGCUGGAGUUUUUCUAUGUUUAAUGUUCAAAUUAUUCUUUAGGAAGCCACCACCUGUGGCGAAGCCACAAUAUCAGCCUUUAUAUUAUUAUUAA